AUGUCUUCAAACGAUAGAGAGUACGAAUUGGUUAUCUUUGGAGCCACAGGAUACACAGGCAAACUUACAGCGGAACACGUUGCCACACAUUUACCAACAGAUCUUCGAUGGGCUUUGGCUGGCCGUUCAUCCAGUAAAUUGGAAGCAGUUGCAGCCGAAUGCAAGGCUUUGAAUCCGGAUAGGUUACAACCAGCUAUCGAAAUCUGUAACUUAGAUGACGCAGAGCUGAGUGCAUUGGCCAAAAAGACAAAGGUCAUUUUGGCAACAGUUGGCCCUUAUUGUCUCCAUGGCGAACGUUGCUUUAAAGCUUGUGCCGAGAACGGGACACAUUAUUUCGAUGUCACUGGAGAGGUACCUUGGGUAGCGGAGAUGAUCAAGAAAUAUGAAAGCACCGCUAAAGCCAGUGGUUCAAUUCUGAUUCCUCAAUGUGGCAUCGAAUCUGCCUUGCCGGAUUUGAUUACCCGAUAUGCGGUAGAUGCUGUUCGAGAAAAGUUCUCGGCACCUACUGGUGAGGUUAUCGUAUCUUUGCACGAGAUGAGAUCAAAGCCUUCCGGAGGAACCUUGGAAACAGUCUUCACACUUUUAGAAGUGUUUAGUCUGAGGCAAAUCAGAGCGGCAAUGACUCCAUACGCUCUAUCGCCAAUACCUGGACCAAGAGUCCGCCCAUCCACAUCCCUCAUCACAAAACUUACCGGAAUCAAAGUAGUUCCCGAUUUAGGAAUUCUCACCACUUCCCUUGCAGGUUCAACCGAUUUAGCUAUCAUUCACCGAAGUUGGGGCUUAUCCAGCGGAUCAAAGUUCUAUGGUCCUAAUUUCAAAGUUGAGGAAUAUAUGAAAUCACGAAACUAUUUUACGGCUAUAGCAAUUCACUUUGGACUCAUGCUUGGUGGUCUAUUCUUGGCAAUCCCAUUUUUUAGACACACGGCCAGGAAAUAUGUAUAUCAGCCCGGAGACGGAGCGACGAAAGAGGAGACAAAGACCGAUCGAGUCGAGUUUCGGGUCAUCGCCAAACCAGAUAAUGAUCAAGCAAACCCUCCGAGAAUGUUUUGUCGAGAAUCUUACGAUGGUUCAAUCUAUGGAUUGACAGGUAUAUUGAUCGCUCAAGCCGCAAUUUCAUUACUCCGAGAUGACCACAAAUUGCCAGGUGGCAUAUAUACACCAUCUAGUUUGGGCGAAGAGUACAUCAACCGCCUUCAACAAUCUGCAAAUGUCAAAUUUGAGAAGAAGGUUUAUGAGAAUUAA